AAAGUUUUUAUCUCGAGUGCGCUAGUUAGUAUUGUCUAAUGGGUUGAAAUAAGAUAACUGAAAUUGUAUUAAUUGUUUUGUUGUUUUUUUAUUGGGAAAGAUAAUGAUUACCUUUUUAACUACACAAAAUCUUGAAAUUAUUUCUUUUCUUUGCGAGCAACCUGUUGUGAACUAUGAGGAGUCUUAGUUUCUUGCUGGUGGCAUUCCACAUUUUCGUUGUCCUUCAGGCCAGCGAGUAUGUGACAGUGAAAGUUUCCCAAGGUACCUUGAAGGGUGAAGAGGAGGUCGGUACCUUUACCAAGGCAAAGUUCUAUGGAUUUAAAGGAGUGCCAUAUGCUAAGCCUCCACUCGGCAAGCUCAGGUUUAAGGCUCCAGAGGCACCCGCCUCUUGGUCGGGGGUGCGGGCGGCUCUCACAGAGGGUGCCAUGUGCAAGCAAGCAGACAACAGGGGCAGUGAGGACUGCCUGUUUCUCAACGUCUACACACCACAGCUCCCGGUGAGUGGCAAGAACCCCAAGCUGCCAGUCAUGGUGUGGAUUCAUGGUGGAGGAUUCACGGGAGGGUCCAGCAGCAGCAGCACCUACGGGCCCGAGUUCCUUGUGCAUGCUGAAGUGGUCCUGGUCACCAUCAACUACCGCCUGGGAGUCCUGGGCUUCCUCAGCCUCGAGGGUUCCGACGUGACGGCCAACAACGGGCUGAGGGACCAGCAGCAGGCGCUCAAGUGGGUGCAGCAGAACAUCGCCGAGUUCGGCGGCGACCCGGCCAAGGUGACGGUGUUCGGGCAGAGCGCCGGCGGGGCCAGCGUCCACUACCUGCUGAUGUCGCCGCUGUCCAAGGGUCUGUUCCAGCGGGCGAUAGACGAGAGCGGGUCGGCCUUCAACCCGUGGGCGUACAUGACCUCCCCGACGCAGCGAGCGCUCAGCCUGGCCAAGUACCUGGGCUACAAGGGCGCCAACAGCAGCCAGCUGGUCGCCGACUUCCUGCGAGGGGUCAGCGCUGCGGAGCUGGCCAACAACCAGCGUCAGGGCAAGCCCGACGAGAAGUACCCAUUCGUACCAACUGUUGAAAAGGGCGUGGCUUCUGGCGUGGCUUUUCUCCCCGACGAACCAAUCAAGUUGAUGAAGACAGGGAAGUUCUUGCACGUGCCUACUGUAAUUGGUUCCGGAUCGGCAGAAGCAAAAAUGUCUGCCCAAGCAAUGAACAAGUCCGCGGGCAACUGGAAGACUGUGAACGCCAACAUGGAGAACUUCGUGCCCUGUGACCUGGGGCUGGCCAAGGGUUCCACCAAGUCCCGCGAGAUCGCAGCACGCAUCAAGCACUUCUACUUCGGUAGCCAGGAUGUGUCGUCAAGCACAGUCCCGCAGUACUGCGACUUGGUUUCAGACACCAGGUAUGUAAGAGGAGUCUACAAAAAUGUCGUCGAAAUGAUUAGUCACUCCACAGCUCCAGUGUUCUACUACCAGUUCUCUUUCGAUGGAAAGAUAAACUACUCCUACAUGUCAGGGGCGACUUCCACUAUCAAAGGUGCAGGUCAUUCAGAUGAACUGUGCUACUUGUUUGACUGCAAGGCCUUCGACAAAAAGAACUUGAACGAAAAGUCACCAGAAGUGGUCACUCUACACAGAAUGGUGAACAUGUGGACCAACUUCGCAAAAACUGGGAACCCCACCUACCAAACCCUGUGGAGGCCCGCCACUUCGGCGGAGCGCUACUACCUCGACAUCGACACUCAGCUCACGCUCAAGAAGAACUUCGAGGAGAAGAGGAUGGCGUUUUGGGACCAGAUCUACCAAACUGCUGAAGCUGAUUAAGGAAUAGGCGCAAAAUCUUGGCCGACAACUUGGAGUAUCAAGUUUCUAGGAUUAAAUAAUUCCUUAUACCCGUCUGCUAAUAUUGUACCGACAUGUGUUUCAGAGCGUGUCUAAACUCAGUACGUAUAAUUAGAUAUAACCAUGCAAUUUAAA